GCCCACCGCUACAUAUGGGCUGGCUCGGAUCACAUUUCAGUGUCGGAGUUUGGAAUAUUUUGACUGGUAGAAGCGCCGACUAGGUUCUGCCAAACUCCCUUCAUGUCAACGGUCCAACGGCUAUAAAUGUUGUUAAUGUCAGGACUUUUUACUUCAAUAUUAUUAAUUCAAACUCCAAGAAAAAAAAAAUAAAGCUCUUAGAAAACAAUACGUUCUGGGCUAAGUUCUCACUGCUAACGUAGAAAUAUAUUCUGGGUUAAGUUCAGUAGCAAUGGCGUCACUGCUUACGUAAAAAUAUUAGAUUAAUGUUCUUUACAUGUAACACAAUCCCUAUAUAGUAUGUGCAAGUAGAGUUGUAUGAACUUUUCCUGUACUCGACUGUGUUAAAUAAUCAAUCAGUUAUAAAAUUGAAGAUUCCUUGGGUUGAGAUCUUUUUGGUUCAUUUUAGACGGGCAUGUAUGUUGGAUGGCAGCGUGCGCAUGUGCAUACUGGAGACUGUUUACGCUCCUUUUUAAUAAAUUACUCUGCGAUACACUGAAGGAAAGGGGAGGAAAAUAAUGAUACUGUCAACGAUCCACUCACACCCGCGAAGUUCCCUCGUCAUCUAAAACACGUACCUUCGAAAGGAUUGCUUUGGAAUAAGACCAAGAAGCUUGUAUAUAUGCUAUAAAAUCCGAUCGACGAACCAAAAAUGGCAGGCAUCUUUUCAUAUCAGGUGGAUUCAGCAAUAUCAAUAAUGAUUCUGACACAUCUUGAGCUAUACUAAACGGCAAUUAUCACCUGCAUGUUCAUGAGCUGACAUGAUUUAUCAAUAUUACGCAAAGAACCGUUGCUUAUAUUCUUGCUCCACAUAUUGUACAGAAAAGGCAGAUUGAUAAACACUAGCACGGAUAAAAAUGUCAAACUCAGAGACUGAUGCGCCUCCUAUGGUUGGUGGAGUUGGCACUUGCAGCUAUUACAAGAACUCCUACUUGCAGAGAAGAAGUGCAAAUGUAGUUAAAGAAAAAAUUGACGAGGAGAUUGCUAAGAAAUUGGACUUCCAUAAUCUUCCAAUUGCUUCCAACACAUUCCGUCUUGCAGAUUUAGGAUGUUCAGUAGGACCAAACACCUUUUUCCAUGUCCAAGAUUUGCUAGAAGCUAUCAAGCAAAAGUAUGAAAUGCAAUUCCAUACCUCCCAAAUCCCGGAAUUUCAAGUUUUCUUCAAUGAUCAACCAAUGAACGAUUUUAAUACCCUCUUCAACAAUCUCCCACAAGAAAGACAAUACUUUGCAGCUGGUGUGACAGGCUCUUUCUACGAUCGAUUAUUUCCCGAGUCCUUUCUCCACUUUGUGCACUGCUCUAUUUCACUUCAUUGGCUGUCUAAGCUGCCAGAACAAUUGCUGGACAAGAAUUCUCCUGCAUGGAAUAGAGGAAGAAUUCACUACACAAAUGCACCAAAUGAGGUUGUCAACGCAUAUGCAUCUCAAUUUGCCAAGGACAUGGAGAACUUUUUGAAUGCAAGAUCUAAAGAGCUUGUGUCUGGAGGGAUGAUUGUGAUAAUCUCACAAGGUAUCCCUAAUGGGAUGCUUUAUUCUGAGCUCCAAAAUGGCGUUAUGUUUGAGUGUAUGUCACUGAGCCUUAUGGAUAUGGUGAAAGAGGGAGUAGUAUCUGAAGCUCAAGUAGACUCCUUCAACCUGCCAUUUUAUGCUGCUUCGCCAGACGAGAUGACAGAGAUUGUGGAAAGAAAUGGGCUUUUCAACAUUGAGAGAAUGGAAUUGAAUGACCCAGCAGCAUGGCUGAAAAGACGGAUUAAUAUACCUGAAUGGGUAGUGCAUGUAAGAGCUGCAAUGGAGGAAUCAUUCAGCAAACAUUUUGGAGGAGAAGUCCUGGAUGAGUUAUUCGAUCGCUUAACGAAAAAGCUUAGCAAGUUUUCUGAUGAACUGGAGUUAAAAUACAGGGAAAAAACUCUUCUUUUAGUUGUUUUAAAGCGUCAGUGAGUUAGACGGAGAUACAACGGAGGAAUUCUUCAGCAUUGUCGGCAUUUCACUAACGCAAUUUCACUGAUGUAUCACAGAGACAAAGCAUGAAAACUAAAUCCUGCCACAAUAUCUAAACCGAUCUUCGUGCCGCUCAAAUCUUGUAACCGAGCCAAACCCAUUAUCAAAGCCCGAAGGAUUG